AUGUCUAUACCAGCAUUGAGAGCUCCAUACGUAUGCACACGAUGUAUCGCUCGCCGCACACGUCGUUCGUAUAGCACAGAAACACCCACGCGAAAUCCUCCGCCGCCACCGUCUUCUGGCGCAUCGAAGCUCACCAACCGCCGGCUCAUAUCAUUGCGAGGAAACGAAGCUCCCAAGUUCCUGCAAGGCUUAAUAACGAAUAAUGUUCGUCCGGAGUCGACGAGUGGCUUCUACGCCGCCUUCUUGACCGCGCCAGGGAAAGUGCUGCAUGAUACAUUCAUAUAUCCUACAGCGGGCUCGAGAUGGCAGAAAGACCAAGGUGGAGAAGCAGAUGAGCCAGGACUCCUUGUGGAGAUCGAUGCAGAGCAGGCAGAUGUGCUGAUGAAGCACCUGAAGAGACACAAAUUGCGGAGCAAGUUCAAGCUAAGGUUGCUUGAUGAAGGCGAACUGAAUGUGUGGAGCCUGUGGAAAGAAGGUGAGAGGUGGACAUCGCAUAGCCAGCCUCAGAAUAGCAAUCGUGAUGAUGGCCAUGUCAGUCUGACAGACUGUCGCGCGCCGGGCAUGGGUCAGAGGCUCAUCUUGCCAGACAAUACAGGCAACGCGCUGGAAGAGGUGGAAGAAGCACCACUUUCCGCAUACACGAUCAGACGAUACCUCAGGGGCGUAGCAGAAGGCCAGAAAGAGAUGCCGAGAGAUGACUGUCUGCCUAUGAAUUGUAACAUCGAUAUCAUGGGUGGCAUUGACUUCAAGAAAGGGUGUUACCUAGGUCAGGAAUUGACGAUUCGGACACAUCAUACUGGAGUCGUGAGAAGGCGAAUACUGCCGGUCGUUCUGCACGAUCAAGGGAAAGAGGCUCCGGAGAAGCUGGAGUAUGAUCCCUCUCUGGGCAUCAACGUGCCAGACUUCGUGGGUCAAGACCUCAGGAAAGAUGACGAGCGAAAGCGCAGUACGGGCAAGUUCAUCGCUGGAAUCGGUAACAUCGGCCUAGGUAUGUGCAGACUGGAGCAGAUGACAGAUCUUACGAUAUCCGGCGAGCCAAGUCCAUUCACGCCUGAGGAUAAGUUCACGAUGCAGAGCGCAAGCGGCAAGGAUUUGGGCGUGAAGCCAUUUGUACCGGACUGGGUCAGAGGCGGCAUCCGGGGACCGAAGAUACAGAAACGAGUUGAAUGA